AUGCCUCCACCAACUCCCGCCAACGAUGAAGCUCACCAGCAGCUGUUGAACUCUUUAGACAUUUCACAUGUCCCCAAGCCCUUCCGCAACCCUCACUGGAAACCCUCCCAGCGGCGCAACAAGAAUCUCAAGCAGAUCAUCUCAGAGGCCUCCCGGAAGGAGGCAUCAGUGAUGGCAACUCAAGCCAACUCAGGCGCAACUACGCCGGGAACCUCGGGCAUGGUCACUGAUGGAACACAAACCCCUGCGGAAGGGGCUGGACCCAACUUAUCCCAGGCCACCCAAAACCUCUCGACUCUCAAUGCCCGGGCGACAUUCCAGACCGGGCCCGCCGUCACCUACACAAAUAUUGAAUCAGCACCAUCGUUUAACCCUGCCUACCGCCAUCAUUACUGCGACAUCACGGGCCUGAGCGGACCAUAUACCGACCCCAAGACCCGGCUGCGGUAUCACGACAAGGAGAUCUUCAAGGUGAUCCGCACUCUGGCACAAGGUGUUCCCGAAAGCUACCUGGAAGCACGCGGGGCGCACACCAUUCUGAAGUAA